CCUCACUCUCUUUGUCUGUUCGAGCGCCCUGAUACAUGUACCAUGGCCUCUCCACCCCGCGAGCGGUUGUGUCUUUGAGAACCUGGUCACCCACUUUCCAUACAGCCACAGGCGUGUCCGCAUUCAUUCAUGAUGACCACAAAACCAGCCGGACGACGGUCGACUCUGCGCCAGAAAGGCUGGUCUCCGACAUCUGCCUUCCAGAGUGCCUACUCAAAGACAACAAGAAGUCCCGUGAACUUGCAGAAGCCUCUUCCGCCACGACCGGCCUCGUUCUCGUCCUCGGUCUACUCUGAUGGUGCAUCAAGCUUCGAUUCUGCCGAAGAUUACCAAGUCGACAUGACGUCCCGGCAGAACCCCAAUCGUUACGGCAUGGACGUCUCCAAGAUUCUUCCGACGGCCCACCCGGACUGUGGAUGCGGUAUCGACGAGGAAGACUCGGGCGAGUCGAGCAGUCCCGUCACCCCGGUCGGCUCGGCAGAUUGUGACCCUGGUCUCCGGCUGCCCAUCUACAGCACGUAUUCCAGCUCUGGUUCCUUCGCGUACAACUCCACGCCAAAAUCGUAUCGAAAGAGCAACGACUUCCGACGGAGCGUUGCGGACCCACCGGUGGAGAGGAUCAGAAAACCGGUGGAGAGGAUCAAAGCAAGCGGCAAGACUUUUACACUGAUGGACCAAGGGGCAGGUCGGCGAAGCGGGACGAAGAAGGCCAUGUCUCCAGUCGAAAGGGCUACCGAGGGUCUGGGCAUCAAGGAUGUGCCGGUGGCCCAGCCAACCAUUACGUUCGCAGCGGCGGCAGCUCCGUCCAAUGCGUACUCGGAACGGGCCGUGGCCCGGCGUGCGGCGGCGGCCCCACCACCACUGAAGCUGUACGAGCGCGCGCUGGCCGACAGCUACGUCAAGACGCCGUACCCUCGCACGACAAGACACAUGUCGGUCAUGACGCAGAAGAGCGUAUUCGAGGACGGCGACGACGACGACGGCGAAGAUGACGACUACAGGCGAUUUGGCGGGCGGCGGCGCAAGGACAGCCUGUACGCGAAGCGCUUCUCGGGGCUGGGCGACUUGACCCAGACACUGCGCCGGUCGUCGAUGCGGCUAAGCAUGAGCCACGACGUCCAAGAGAUUAUCCCGAGCAUCGCGGUCCAGGCCAAGCAUCGCACGCCCCGGAUGCCUCCCAUGGGCGUCCAGAGAGAAGCUGCCCCGGUCACGCCGACGAGCGUGGGGCGGGCGACUGCUGUGCACGAGCCGGCGUCGCCGGGGGUCCAGCCACGGCGGACGACAUCGGCACCGGCACCGUCGCCGGGACCGGGCAGGGUCAAGACGAUGCUGAUGAAGGCCAAGAGGAGCCUGAGCAUGGGCUUCGCGGCCGAGGAGUCGAAGAAGGAGAAGAAGGAGAAGCGGGACCGAGAGACGCUGCGGAAGAUGGUCAAGUCUGGCACGGCGGAUGCGAGGCUUGGGCAGAACUUUGUGUGAGCGACAAGCGACAGGACGGACCGUGGUGUGUGUGUAUGCGUGUAU